GCGUAUGAGUUCACGUACGCGGUGGAAGCGGAGAGCGGGAAGCCGAUCAGUUGGGCGGUGAGCCGAGAGCGGGAUACGUACUCGAGCGCGGAGCCGAUGUCGCCGAACGCUCGGCAACGCAUCGUGUACGAGUUGUUGAGUUUUAAAGGACCGUUGACGACGGUGGUGACGGUGAGCAACACGCCCCCAGCGCUUGAAUCGAAAGCCGUGAAGGAGUGGACGGCGAAGCAGGUGGCGAACGCGGUUCUGGCGGAUAAAGCCACGGGACGGGUGGCGAGCGGACAGCGCGUGAGUCUGGCCGAGGUGGAUAACGCGAUCAUCAACGUCAUCGAUGAUGUGCCGUAUUAUUACUACGAGUACAUAUCGCAAGGCUCACCGAAUUUGCGCGAGCCGGAGGCGACGACGUUUCGACACAGUUACGGCGUGACGGUUGAGCGGGAUGGGUACUUGUACACGCUGAGUUCGAGCGCCCCCGAGAUUUACUGGGACGAGCUCGCCCGUGGGUUCGACGAGACGAUCAAGAGCUUUAGAUUGACGACUCCGAACAAG